AUGCCGCCUCUUCAAUCCCACAUCAAGCAAGUCGACGUACUCGCCAGGCGCGAGGUGCCAGGCAACUACGGCACUUCGUGCUCCAACAACGCCUGGGACUGCCUGAACACGCCGGCCCAGUUCGGCAUCAUUUUCAGCGUCGUCGUCGUCGUCAUAGCCAUCGUAUGGAUCUACUGGUACACGGUCAUCCGACCAAGGCAGGAGAGGAUCAAGGAGUCUGGCGAGGACAUCGAGCUGGAUCUUGGCGAUGGCCGCACCAGGCAGGUGGCCGUCAGCGAGCCCGUGAGGCUGAGCGUCUACAGGCACUGGUUGACCGGUACGACAAGGAGGAAGAGGAAGAACGAGCACACCACAAUGGCAGUGAGAAAGCGGGCGGAGGAGACAAAAUGCCUCGACUUCCAGGGCAACCUAUGCGGCCCGCUACCCAUCAAGCUCAGACGGCCGAAACUGUCGCAGCCGCGAGCGCUCCGCAACGAGAUCCUCAAGGCAGUCGCCAGAGAGAAGAAGCAUGUCACACUGACAACGAGGGCCUAUCCGACCCUCCAAGACGACGAGUCGCAUUCCAUGAGCCAUCUCUUGAAGUCCUGGAGUCCCGAGUUGGGCAACCGGCGAGACCACGAAGGCAUGCGUCCCCGCUUGAGGUCACCGUCAACAGCAGAAUCUAGUGACGACAAAGGCGAGAAGCAUAGCCUUAAAUCCAGCUGGGGUUCAAAGCUCGCGUCCUUCCUCCCCACAAUCGCGAGGCUCGCGACCAACAACCCAGUGGUGCAAGAGGUAGCAGACAACAUCGCGGACGAGCCUAUCCUCGUCCGCGACCUCCCCAGCGCUUCCCUGACCCCCGCCAGCGACGCGAUGCUCGCCGCCCGCACUCGCAGAGCCCUCGCCAGGGAGCAUCACGGCAGCCGAGGUCCUCCAACGACCGCUAUCGCAGCCACGGCCGACGCCCGAGCACGAUUCCCGAGGAGCCACGCCAAAGCGUGCAGCUCGCCCUUGAGCACGCCGCUGAGCGUCUCGCAGAAGAGGUUGUCGAGCCGGCACUGGACCGAGCCCGUCGCCGCGAGGCAGGAUCGGGUGGCCACGCUGAUGUCAUGCCAGGCCAAGAUGACCGACGUCGUAGGCGGCCGCGCAGGAGCAGGGAAACGGAGUCCUAGCAGCAGGGCGGACGACUGCACCGCAGACGCGCGCCUCGAGGGUCACAACAGAAGUGGCGACGACCAGAAACAUAUGAACCAACACCAACGGAACCCCAUCUCACCGAGACUGGCAGCAUUUAUUCCUGGUCGGGGUCCAUCACGGCCCUGGUCCCAAUACUACCGAGCCAGGGCGUUGAUCUCCACAAUCUAA